GGGACAGCCACUGUGUCCCUCUGGAGAGCAGGAAGACAGCACACCAAGAGAGGGAAGAUGGAUCAGCGUCACCAUGGCCAAGGAUUGAGCCUCCGUGUUUGAGGUUUUGGGGAAGAGACAAAGGCAACAAAAGAGAGGCAGGAGUUGGGAGAAGGGGAGUGACAAAAGACAAAAGGUAGCCAUACCCGAUGCUUUUGGGAGGCCAGUACCAAUAACGACAGAGACCUGGCCACUGUGACAGCCUUAGGGCAUUGAGACUUGAGGUUAGCGUUCCAGUCAGGGUAGGCAGAGCUAGGGACUCAGAUUGGAAGGGGGAGGAGGAGUGGAACAAUGGCCAGAAGGAAAGGAUUUGACCCUCUGUUCAGAGGACAGGGAAGCAGCAAUGGAGAGCCAGGCAAGGGACAUCUCCCGCUUCCCAAGCUGCUUAGGACCCAAGGUGAAGGUGAAAGUGAAAGAGAAUAUGCAGAGAAGGGCCGGUGUGCGCUGAGAGAGGGUGAAAGCGAAAGCGGGAAGCGUCAGACGUGGAACCCAACAGAGGCCAAGACCGUGGCCCUUCUCGCUCCACGCUGGUGCCACUCGUCCGACCAUCGACCCCAACCCCCGGACCGCCCUGCCCACCGCAAGAUGCUGAAGCCAGCGCUAGAGCCCCGAAGGGGCUUCUCCUUCGAGAACUGCCAGAGAAACGCAUCCUUGGAACGCGUCCUGCCGCGGCUCCGGGUCCCUCAUGCACGCAAAACCGGGACCACCAUCGCGGGCCUUGUGUUCCAAGACGGGGUCAUCCUGGGCGCGGAUACGCGGGCCACUAACGAUUCGGUCGUGGCGGACAAGAACUGCGAGAAAAUCCACUUCAUCGCUCCCAAAAUCUACUGCUGUGGGGCUGGAGUGGCCGCGGACGCCGAGAUGACCACGCGGAUGGCGGCGUCCAACAUGGAGUUACACGCGCUGUCCACGGGCCGCGAGCCCCGUGUGACCACGGUCACUCGCCUUUUGCGCCAGACGCUCUUCCGGUACCAGGGCCACGUGGGCGCGUCGCUGAUCGUGGGAGGCGUAGACUUGACAGGACCGCAGCUCUAUGGCGUGCACCCCCACGGCUCCUACAGCCGUCUGCCCUUCACGGCCCUCGGCUCCGGCCAGGACGCGGCCCUGGCGGUUCUGGAGGACCGGUUCCAACCGAACAUGACGCUGGAGGCCGCGCAGGAGCUGCUGGUGGAAGCCAUCACUGCAGGAAUCCUGGGUGACCUGGGCUCUGGGGGCAGUGUGGAUGCAUGUGUGAUCACAAGGACCGGUGCCAAGCUGCUGCGAACACUGAGCUCGCCCACAAAGCCCAUAGAGAGGCCCAGCCAGUACCGCUUUGCCCCUGGGACCACAGCUGUCCUGUCCCAGACAGUGACGCCGCUGACCCUGGAGCUGCUGGAGGAAACUGUGCAGGCCAUGGAGGUGGAGUGAAGUAGGCUGAGGCUCAGAACUUGGAACAAGGGGAAAUAAACCCAGAAAAUAAAACACCUAAACAGA